AAAUAAGUAAAGAUGGGACGUGGAAAAUUACCAUUGAAAUUGAUACCGAAGGAAAAAGCAAGAAGAAUAACAUUUUUGAAGAGAAGAAGUGGGCUAAUCAAGAAGGCUUAUGAAUUAAGCACACUUUGUGAUGUUAAAGUUUGCUUAAUAGUAAAAGAUUUGACCAAUCAACCUUCAAAUCCAAUAGUCACAUGGCCAGAGAAUCCUCACAAAGUAAAGUCUCUAAUAAAUGAUUACAAAAAUGCCAUGGUGAAGAAACCACCAUCAAAAAGACUCCAUACAAUGCAAGAUUUCGUCAACGAAAGACUCGAGAAAGUCAACUCAGAAAUUGAGAAAUUAAGUGUUGUGUCUCAAUCUCAAACUUCUUCUUCUUCAAAAUCAAAGGCUAUUGUCAUUGAUAAUAAUGAAAGUGGUAACAAUCUUUCUAUGUUUGUUUUGGAUAAUAAAAUUGAAGAAUUGAAACAGAGAAUGAGACAUUUGAUUCAUCUCUACGAUUACAACCAUAAUGUUCAAUACUAUUCUCCUAAUGAUCUUACUCAUCAUCACCACUAUUUUCACCACAACCAUCAAAUGCCUUGGAUUUAUGGUCAGCCAAGCUCUCAAACGGUGUCGUUUGAUGUUCACAACAACAAUUAUGGCUCUUUCACUAAGCUGUUGAACUCUGAUGAUUAUGGUAUUGAUGAUCAAUACUAUAAUAAUACUAAUCUUCUUCUAGAAGAUCAAGGUGAUCAACAUAACAACAACAUUAAUGUGUUGGAAUCUGGAGAAGGAGUUGAGGGUAUGCACCAAAAUGAUCAGAAUGAAAUGAUGUUGUUUGAUAAUCCUCUUAUGCCUUUACAACAACAAAAUUACAAUGUGAGCCAACCACUGCUGCCAUUGAUGCCUAGCUCAGCUGCUGAAACUACUCAUGAAUGGCAUAAUUACAAUCAGACUGAUUCCACUAUGGGAUUUUUCCCUACAUGGUGAUUCAAUUAUGCUUUCUUAAUCUUCAUUAAGGGAUUCAAUUAUGUUUAAUUAGCUUUUAAUUUUGCUUUUUUACUUUUUGUUUAUCAUAUUAUGUAAUAAUAAGUACUAUAUUUUCUUAAUAUGGUGCUUUUUUUCAUUUUCAUUUCUCUGCUUUGAUGGAUAUGGUUUGAAUUUGAUCUUUGAUUAGUCUAAUUUUAACUAAAAUUCUAUUUUUGGCUCUAGCUUUACACUUGCACCCUAGUAUAUCUUACUAUUACUUAUAGAGCUUUGUUAUUUGACACCACUUGAGUGGUGCUGUAACUUUUCAAAUGUGUCACUUUGCGAUUGACUAAUAAUUUUCUCUAAAAAUUAUUAUAUUAAAUUAUACUCUCCAAACGAUGAAUCCUAAAAGAGUCACUAACUUUAACUACCAUCUAUGUAUGAUCCACACUAAAUCUGACCAAUUGUCUAUUCUAUCUCCUUUAUGUUCUUGAUAACUCAUUUUUGUUUUAGUAUAGUUUUUCAGUGACAUGUUUCAGUGAAAGUGAACCACCAUUCAGGUACAAGAUACUAGUUGCAUAAAACUUACUAGUAAUCUAAAUGGAGGAUUUGAUAUGUAGAACACAAUUCAUGACAUUAAUUAUUGUUUAUCAUGUUUCUAAUUAUAAUAACAUAAGUUGUGUUUGGGUUUUCGAAAAAAAUACAUGUUUCUAUUAUAAUUUGUAUAUACAUGUUUCUAUUAUAAUUUGUAUUCAAUUUAUUUUCUAAAUUUCUACCUCUCUUUACC